GGAGCAUAGUUUACCCGUGUGUCUAUUAUCAUUUCAUCAGUGGGCUGUUUUCGGAUUUGUGAAGGUCCUAGCACAGAUUGCGGUAGUAUUUUGUGUUCGGCUCUGAGCCUGCACGCCCUGUCUUGGUGUGUGCCUGGCUGCCUGUUGUUGUGGUGGGGGAGGGUGGGGGUCUCCGUCCUGCAAGAGUUCCCCCAAAACCGAACAACUAGCUAGCAAGCUAACUAGCCUUUUCGGUUUCAUUCAGCGCGGACUCCGUCCUUUGGCGUCGCACUUUCCAAAUCUGCCUUUAAAAUAACAACUGACGACACAACCGUCUUUUUUGUACAGUUCCGUUUGGGUAAAUAUAAAGCCACCCUGUUUUCUGGCUUUGGCCUCCAUGAUUUGGGUGGGUGUGGUCUCCUGUGUUAGCCCUCACCCUGACUGAGGUCAGCUAUGCCCCCCCCUCCCCCAAACACACACAAAUUCAAAAGCACGGCGAUGACACAUUCAGGCAACUCUGUUCGAGACCAUAUGAAAUGGGCUUGCUUGCUGGGCUGUGAGGCGGUGCUGUCCAGCAUGGCCCUGAUGCAAGCCAACAACAUUCCAGGUCAAAAAAAGAUGAUGUCAUCAUUGAGUCACGGGCACCGGGGGACUUCUGAGAGCAACCAAAGCCACUCGCACCACAGCCACCAUGGACACCAAGGUCAUCAUUCACAAGCCAACAGCCACAUGGGCCACAUGUCUGCGGGGAGCUGUCCACCACUGCUGAUCCAAAAGGAUGGUGAUUACCACACAUCGAGAAUAUUGGAUGGGAAAAACAUGCAUACUAGCCAAAGUAUGCACAUCAAGAAAAAGCACAAAAAAUCUGUUAAAGUUAAGGAGGAAGUGCGGCCUUUAUUGCAGCAGCUCGACAUGGAUGACGAUGACAGUGGUCUGAAAAUCCAGAAGAAUUUCAUCUGUGACCACUGCUACGGAGCUUUCCGGAGCAGCUACCACCUCAAGCGACACAUACUCACACAUACAGGGGAAAAGCCUUACGCUUGUGACAGCUGUGACAUGCGCUUCAUUCAGCGUUACCACCUGGACCGACACAAGCGGGUGCACAGUGGCGAGAAGCCGUACCAGUGCGAUCGUUGCAAUCAGGAUCGUCGUGAUUCUCUGUUCUAUGGGAUUCCAUAAAGAGACCUAGAAAGGCCAGCGGGGGCCAUAAACCACGUCAGGAUGCAGAGUUGCUGCAUGCAGGCCCGGGCCCAUUCCUCUUCCUCGUCCUCCUCAUCAUCCUCCUGCACAAGUACACAUGCAUAAGCACAUGUGCUCUAGCAUAACCUUUGACCUUCUUAUUUUAUUUUUGGAAAAAAAAUAAAAAGCUAUUUAUUGGCAUUAGAUUCCUGUUUAUUUUCACGUACUUCACCUCGUUUUGUGUUUUUCUUUGUUAGUAUCUUUAUGUGGAUGUGUUACAUACUAGACGGAAAUGUCGGAGCAUAAAAUAGCCUUGUUAAUUUUAAUACGGUGCUCCAUUAAAUAUCAUGAGGUUCCUGCUCUUUGUCCUGCUCAGCCAAUAUAAUGGCAAUUUCUUUCAUAUAUUUAGUGCAUUAGUUCCAAAAUAGCAUCAUUGUUUUGCUCAGUGCUAUUUCUCUUGCGCAGGCCAUGCCAUUAGUUGGGUGCUCAGGCUCAUUGACUAUGACGUAAAGACUUUCAGCUUAGCGAUGAUUGUAAUUUAUUGACUAAUUCACACAGUGUGCGAGCACACGCACACACACACACACACACACGCAAAAGAAAGAGAGGGACUUUGGAUGUAUCGAUCAUGUGCAAGGUUCUAGCAGGUCUCUGACAAGUUUACUGCAUGGUUAUGUACAGCGUGUCAAGCCAUGAUGUUUCAAACUGUCCUACCCUUUCUUCUGUAAUUAAAAGAAAUUAUCGUGCUGUUUUUUUUUGUUUUGUUUAAUUAUUAUUAUUAUUUUUUUUUUUUUAAACGAUACUGCAACUGCAAUUAGCGGAUGGAAGCAAGUCGUUGCAGCUCCCAGUGGUGCUGCAAAGCUAAUCUAGAUGAGUCAAAAGAAGCAGCGGGAACUUUUAGGUGAAGCAUGAUCCAGGAUUUCAUCUAAUCACAUUUACUGCUCUCCUAACCUUCAUGUCACCGCCUUCAUAUACAGGGAAGUAAGCUGUCCUCGUUCUACCCGCAAACUGAUGUGAUAGCCGUAAACCAGUGCAAUAAUGGAGUCCAUUUAGAAUGAUUAGCUCUCCCCUCGUACGGCUCCUUCUCCAGUAAAACACUUAGUAUGUAGUAGCAACAUAGCGUCCAUUCAUGCUUUCAUUGCAGCUCAUAAAGAGCCUCUCAUUCAAGGUUCAGAAUCAGACUGGAAGCAAGCCAAGGAGGUAAUAAGCACCCACAGGUCAAAGCCGAUAAGACUUUCAUUGACUACUUAUUUCUGUGGCGCAAAAACAUCAAGCCAUGGGCGUGCAUCUGGGCCUUUGUGUUGCCUUCAGCUGCACAACACAACACCCUGCAUUGCUCCCUGUGAUCGGCACACAUUGCUCUGGCAAUACUGAUGACAUACAGGAAUAUAUAUAUAUAUAAAAACAUAUACAAUCACAUAUGGCGGCACAGUGAACAAAUUCCGGCCCCGCCUGUGUGGAGUUUGCAUGUUCUCCCCGUGCCUGCGUGGGUUUUCUCCGGGUACUCCGGUUUCCUCCCACAUCCCAAAAAAGGUUGAUUGAAAACUCUAAAUUGCCCGGACGUGUGGAUAUGCGUCCGAAUGGAAGUUUGUUUAUAUGUGCCCUGCGAUUGGCUGGUGACCAGUUCACGGUGUACCCCGCCUCUCGCCCGAAGAUAGCUGGGCGAGAUAGGCUCCAGCACGCCUGUGACCCUAGUGAGGAGAAGCGGUACAGAAAAUGGAUGGAUGGAUGGAGAUGUAUAUAUAUAUAUAUAUAUAUAGAUAUAAUUACUAGGGGUGGGACUCCAUUCAAACAAUCUAAUAUAUAAUAAUAAAUAAAGAGAGGCUUUGUAAUUAAUUAAUCUCAAUGAAUCAUAUUUCAACUGUAUAACAACAUUUGAUAAAAAGCAAUAUGGUUUAAUUUAAACGGCGACUGAAUCAAAAGAAUUGACACAAACAGGAGGAAUAUUGUUAACUCUGGUAAAAAUGUACUUAAUUCCAUUUCAAUUUAAAAAAAAAAGUUUAAAAGCUAAUAGAAAAUAUCCUUUGCCAAAGUUAAACAAAGUUAAAGUACCAGUUUAACUUUAAAUAGUUUCUGCGUGGCAGUAGAAAAGUGAGAUCACUUGUUGGAUGUGCUUUGGUAGUAUGAAAACUCCUUUUGCACAAAUUGCACAAAACCACGCUUAUCAAGGCUUCCAUCGGGUAGUUUAAACAAAAAAAAAAAACAUUAAUUUGCCUCCCAUCAGUCGUAGCAACGCUGUUUCCUGCAAUUUUUCCAUUUUGGUACCUGAGCUCAGAGGUUUGCGUCAGUGUAAUCAGUGUACCAGGAAAUCUUGCACUGACAAAAGUUUCUGCGUUGUUUGGAAUACAACAUGCGAAUAAAAUCCGUAAAUGUUUUUUAACAACUUCAUUUGUUUCUAUUUAAUUAAUCGUAAUUAAUGCGUUAAAGUCCCACCCCUAAUUACUUGGUCACAAAUUUAUUAUAACUUCAGUGAAACAAAACAUAUGACAGAAACUAUGGGACUAAAGCAAAGGGGAUGGCUCUGUUUUGUUUACGUUUUCAUAUACUUGUACAUAAAAGCAGAACAUUCAGCCUAAAUGCCAGUCAUAUUUUUUUAAACUCUGUUAAAGCAAUAGUGAACGUGUGAGUGUCCUCUAGUGGACAAAUUGGGCGCAACCCUUGCGGUCUUCAACACACACCAUUAAAUGAGUGGUUCAAUAUGGGAUCUUGCUGGUCUGUUUUUCUAUUAAACACUUAUCCUCUCCUGUGUU